AUGACUACUACCGAAAGUAAUCCAGGAGAUGUUGGUGCCGUUGCGUUAACGGCCCGCGAUUUUAAGGGAGCCGUGGACCCUGACUGGUGCCCGGGCUGCGGCGAUUUCGGCGUGCUGAACAGCCUGCAGCGAGCCGUCGCAGGUUUGGGCCUGCAACCUCAUCAAAUCCUGACGGUCAGCGGAAUUGGUUGCUCUUCAAACCUUCCGGGUUACAUCAACACUAACGGCAUGCACACCCUGCACGGCCGCUCUCUCGCUGUGGCAACCGGCGCCAAGCUGGCCAACCACGAACUCACGGUCGUCGUAACCGGCGGCGAUGGCGAUGGCUACGGCAUCGGCGGCAACCACUUCACCCAUACCGCUCGCCGCAACAUCGACCUGACCUACAUCGUGAUGAACAACCAGAUUUACGGUCUCACCACUGGUCAGAUUUCCCCCACCAGCCGGGACGGUAUGAAAACCAAGAGUACCCCCUUCGGUAGCGUGGAAACUCCGAUUAACCCCAUUACCUCCGCAAUCAUGAACGGCGCCAGUUUCGUGGCCCGCGGCUACAGCGGCGACGUUCGCCACCUGACCAGCCUGAUGGAGCAAGCCAUUCAGCACAAGGGAUUUGCCCUGGUGGACGUUUUCAGCCCCUGCGUAACCUUCAACCUCGACAACACCCACAACUUCUUCAAGGACCGGGUAGUCAAACUGGAGGACGAGGAGCACGACACCAGCGACUGGAAACUGGCCUGCGAAAAGGCAAUGGCGUGGGGAGAUACCAUUUACACCGGCGUCUUCUUCCAGGUCCCAGAUGCACCCGUCCUGAACCGCCGCGAGCCGGUACUGGACGACGGGGGCCCGCUGGCCUUCCGCAAACUAGGCCUAAGCGAAGAUCAGGCACAAGGCAUCAUCCGGCGGAUGAUGUAA